CUGAAGCAGAUAUUCAUAAUAUAGAGGUAGAAGGAGAACGCAUUCCUGGAAAGUGAGGGAAAAAGAGAGGGAGGAUGAAUCAAAACCAGGGAGGCAACGAUGCAAGGCACGACGAUGAUUCUGCGCUCUCUGAUUUUCUCGCUUCCCUUGUAGACUACACUCCCACUAUUCCAGACGAACUGGUGGAGCAUUAUUUAGCCAAAAGUGGGUUUCAGUGUCCCGAUGUUCGAUUAAUUAGACUAGUAGCUGUUGCCACUCAGAAGUUUGUCACAGAGGUUGCUAGUGAUGCACUUCAGCAAUGCAAAGCAAGGCAGUCAGCAGUAGUCAAGGACAAAAGGGAUAAACAGCAAAAGGAUAAGCGCCUAAUCUUGACAAUGGAGGACCUCUCCAAGGCUCUGCGUGAGUAUGGCGUGAAUGUGAAACAUCAAGAGUACUUUGCAGAUAGCCCUUCAAGUGGGAUGGAUCCUGCUUCAAAAGAUGAAUGAGCUGACGAUCAAGUUGAUCUGUAUAACAAUUUCUUCAAUGUUUUUAAAUUCAAGCCCCGGACACAUUUUGCUUGGUUUUCAAACUUACUCUUGUUAGUCAUGCCUAUUGUUUUGUAUCUCCUUUAAACCAUGAAGUUUUUAUUAUAGGCAGCUGCUGUCUACCUAUUAUCCCAUCUUAUUGUAAAAAUAGUAGGUUUUUAUCUAUUUGUGAUCAAGUCCCUCCUACCCAAUAAAAGUGGAAAUCUUUUCUUCCUUUGCUUC